AUGGGUACUAUGUACCAAGAUACCGUGGACCAGGACACGACGGUCCGAAGUACAAUGGGCGAGGGCUUGAUCGAGGCUAAGCUCAUUUCAAGGGAAUACUGCCUGUCUCACUGGGUCAUCACAUUAAGCCAAUCCGGUCAAUGCAUCAACGCCGAUCUGUCAAAAAAUGUAAUUCGCUACUCACGGAGCCCUCUUCCAGAGGUCAUCAGUUCCAUCGGGUUUCGCAUCAAGGACGCCCAACCCCCAAUCGAUGACCUAAUGAAAAACCUGUGGGUUCCGUUUGUGAAGCGACCCAGGGAAUUCUGCGAUUGCGUUCAUUGGGUAUUGGGGGUUAUCUCCAUCUACUUCGCAUGUGACUGUAUUGAGACUGUCUCUACAACUGGUAUUUCUAAAGAUUAUCUGGUUCACGAGCUAGACCGCAGACAAGUAGAUGCUCUGAUCCGUCUUCAAAUCCUUGCCUUAUCGGACGUUCGUGUACACCAAGAAUUAUGGCAGUCAGGAGAUCAGGUCCAAUGA